AUGUCGCUUUACCUCUGGCAUCUUUACUCCGCCGUGCGGGUAGCCUGGAAAUCAUUUAUUGAAGGCACCUUCGCUAUCUUGUCUGGUAUAUCUCCACUAUUCAUAAAAGCCUAUCCAUCCAACCCUAAGAAACCGAAUGAUCUUGAGUCCAAUGAUACGGUCGAUGUCGUUACCUAUACCAUACAGCCACUUUUUCAGUCUGAUCUGAACAUAGUGGGUAUAGGAGCUUCCGGUCAAGUCUACGAGGUUGAUGAAGAGAUAGUCCUCAAGAGUUGUCGUAUUUUCGAACAACCCGGGAGUGAGGCCCCUGAUAGCGACCGGUACCACUACGCCUCAGACACUAUUUUUCGCUAUAGCUUGUUAUAA